GUCCGAUACGACCAAGAGACUCGGACAAAAAAGCCUAUAAUAACGUAUCCACCCUGCACAGAAAGUAAGAAGUGUUGGUGUGCAGUUUAUCACGGAGACUACUCGAUUGAUCCACGGUCGCCAUGGCCGAGGAACCACGCUAUUCAACUCAAGGAGCGUACGGAUUGAAGAAAUGUCACGAUUCGAAGAGCGCGAUAGUUGAUAUUAUAUUCGUCCACGGCCUAACAGGCAACCGAGAGACAACCUGGACGGAUAAAGACAGCAAAGUCUUCUGGCCCGAGACUCUUUUGCCCAGCGACAUUCCAGAUGCCCGAAUACUGACCUUUGGGUAUGAUGCCGACAUUGUACACUUUCUCGCAACGGCCUCGCAGAAUCGCAUCGGCAACCACGCACAAAAUUUCAUCAAUGUGCUUUCGCAGCUUCGGGAGAAGAGUGAGACUAAUGAUCGUCCAAUAAUAUUUGUGGCACAUAGCCUCGGAGGCCUCGUGGUUGAAAAUGCACUCCUGUCCUCAAAGAACAGCGCCGAACGACACCUCCAGCAGAUAGUCGAAUGCACCGUCGGUAUUACGUUCUUGGGGACACCACAUUGCGGAUCGGAUCUGGCAAAUUGGGCCAAAAUAUUUGGAAGAGUAAUCACAAUGUUCAAGAGAACUAACACACGUCUGCUGGAGACACUGAGCCCGGAUUCCGAAGUCCUCGCUUGGAUUCAAAAAGACUUCCACACGAUGCUGCGAUCGCGUCAGGAGGAGGGAAAGGAACCACCAAAGAUAACGUGCUUCUACGAAGAGUUGCCUAUUCACGGCAUUGGCGAGAUCGUUCCGAUGCACUCGGCCAUCCUGCCUUCGUACAAUUCCAUCGGAAUCCACAAGAACCACAUGGACAUGGCCAAGUUUUCUGAGGCAGAAGACCCUGGAUAUCUGGCGGUUUCUAUCGAGAUUUGGCGAUGGGUGAAGGACAUAAAGACACAGCGCCAGCUUAUCGAGUCGCACCAAAGCCCCGAUGUCGAGGCGUUGAACAGGCAGCAAUACUACCCACAAUACCCAGUCGGUGCGAACCCCCUGCACCAGGGCCAGCAAGCGCUCCCUGCAAACACAGAGAGGGGAAUUCCCACAUUCGAGGCCUACAUGGCCCAGUUUGGGCGGGGAUUUUGCCAACCAGGGUACAGUCAACCAGUUUUUCAGGGAGGCAACACCAUUUCCGGACAGGCUGGUUCUGGGCAUGGGAGGGUUGUGCAGGGCAACAACAUCAGAGCAGAUAGGGAUGUGACCUUCUCGUAGCUUCUUCACCCUUGGCUUCUUGCAGAUUGCACGUUCUCGCUCAACCGAAAUUGUUCACUGACGCAGGAUGGGCCUACGAAAAUGACAUUGGCGGCGCGUUGUUCGCAUUAGUGGAAUCCUAAUACUGACUAUUGCCGACUCCG